UCAAUUACCAUUUGCUGUCUGAAAUCAGGGUUUUAGGCUACCUCCCGAUCCCCUAUCUUCGCUUCUUCUCCCUCCUUCUCUCUCACAGAGACCUCACACUAUGGAGUCUCUCUCUAAAUUGCACCACUGUGGCCAACCGUUGCACAUAUCAACUAGUCACCACCGCCUGUCCUUUCCAAGCCCCUUUUCCUCGGUCUCCUUCAGAUCACUACCACCCCCGGCUUCGCCCCUCCAAUGUCCUUCUUCAUCCUUCCGCUUAUCGCCUCUCAGAGCCUCUUCCCCAUCGUCGUGCUCAUCCUCCUCCAGCGAUCCCUCAUUUCAUAAGCCCGGACCCAUUCUGACCCGUCUGCUCCGAACCCUAAAUCCUCUGUUGUCGCCCGUUGUCGAAACUGUUUGCAUCAUUAUAGCCGCGUCUGCAUUUUCCUUCAUGCGUUUUCAGAAUAUGCCUGUUAUUGCAGCUCCGGUUUCGUCGCCCACGGUGGAGUCCGCCCAAGAGUCGAUGGAUAAACUUUGGUUUGAUGAAAAGGAGAGACCUGUUGUAGAGCAAUUGCUGGAUAACCCUAAUAACGUCGAAGCUCUUCGGUCUUUCUUGGAGCUUAAAAUCAGAGCGAAUAAAAUUGGACAGGCUAUUCAGGUCCUUGACCGUCUGAUUGAACUUGAACCCCAGGACUUUGAGUGGCCGCUUAUGAAAGCUCAUAUGUAUAUCUAUAAUGGUGACUACCAAUUGGCCAAACGUGGGUUCGAAGACAUUCUGAAUAAAGAUCCCUACCGUUUUGAAGCUUAUCAUGGCCUUGCAAUGGCUACUUCCGAAUCAAAUGAGCCAUUGAACGACUUGGUGAAAAGGGUUGAAAAAGCAGUGGAGUUUUGCAAAAAGGAAAAGAGGAACUCAGAUGUCAGAGACUUGAAGCUAUUACUUGCGCAGAUUAAAGUCAUGGAGGGGUCCUUUACUGAUGCGCUGAAGUCCUAUCAGGCACUUGUCAAGGAAGAACCAAGAGAUUUCAGGCCGUACUUAUGUCAGGGUAUCAUAUAUACCCUGCUGAAAAAGAAAGAUGAAGCGGAGAAACAGUUUGAAAAGUUCCGGAGGCUCGUCCCAAAGAAUCACCCUUACAAGGAGUAUCUUGAGGACAAUAUGUUCGCAACCAAGUUUUUCUCGCAGAAGUUUGAGAGGGAGGGGGCUGGAACAAGGAGCUGAGCAACAUGGCUUACUGAAUUUUUUCCCUACAUAACAAUGACCGUGUUAAUAAAAAGGUUGUCCUUAGUCUUUCUCUUUUUGUUUUUUCGCUUUUAAAUGGGAAUUUUGAUUUCUCUUGCGACUCUUUCCUCUUGUCUGGUCAAAUGAUUUGGAUGAUGGAUACCGACCCCAUUGAUAAUAUAGAGCAUCUGUUAGCCCUCUAACGGGGUUUGAGAAUUAC